AUGUUUAAUGAAUGCACAGAAUCCUGCAAGAUGAGACAACUUGUGGUUGUAUUGAUUGGAGCCAGUAUAUUGGCUGUAUGCAAUGCAGGCUGCUAUAGAAAAGAACCUCAAGAAAUGGAACUGGGUGAAGAGCCCAAAGGGUGCAUUCAUAACGGAGAAACACAUGAACUUGGUUCUGAGUGGAAAACUAAAAAACUGUUACCAAUGUUGGUGUUUUUUAGAUGGAUCCAUGAAAUGUUGUUCAACAUAUGGUACACCAAUCGGAUAUGAUGAAGAGAACUGUGAGGCUGUGUUUGACAAAGCAAGCUGUUCUUACAACCUGAUUCCAAAAUAUGACCCUACAGUGAAAUGUGAAUCAAAGGGCAUGGUGGGCUAA